AAGAAAACGCUUCAGAGUGACGUCAUUCGUGUAGCGGCCACAAACAGGAAGAAAACAUCCAGCUGUUAUCUAAGCAGGUAGAGCUCUGGCUAGCUUAGCAGCCUGUGUAGCAUUGACACAGUAAUGAAACAGCCUUGUGAGUCGGGGAUAAACUGGUGUUUUAUCAUGCUGUGUCCGGAGUAGUGACAGUAUCGAUAGAUACUCCAGGGAUUAUAAUUCUCCUCGACUUUCCUCCGGUCCGAGUGUUGAAACAAGGUGUGAAUGAGUGACGUGGUGCCUCCCACAGCUCUCAGUGAAGUCCAGCUCCGCUUCCUUUGCCACGAUGACAUAGAGAAUGUCAAGCUGCUUUGUGGUGAUUGGUUCCCAAUCGAGUACCCAGACUCAUGGUAUCAGGACAUCACCUCCAACAAGAAGUUCUUCUCCCUCGCUGCCACCUUCAGAGGAGGCAUCGUGGGAAUGAUUGUGGCCGAGAUCAAAGGCCGGACCAAAGUACACAAAGAGGAUGGAGACAUCCUGGCCUCCAGUUUCCCCGUGGAAACACAGGUAGCCUACAUCCUCAGCCUGGGAGUGGUCAAAGACUUCAGGAAACAUGGCAUAGGCUCCCUACUGCUGGACAGUUUGAAGGAGCACAUAUCAACGACAGCCCAGGACCAUUGUAAGGCAAUCUACCUACACGUCCUCACCACCAACAACACUGCCAUCCACUUCUAUGAGAACCGGGACUUCAGGCAGCACCACUAUCUGCCCUACUACUACUCUAUACGAGGCGUCCUCAAAGAUGGAUUCACAUAUGUGCUCUACAUCAAUGGGGGUCAUCCACCCUGGACAAUAUUUGACUAUAUCCAGCACAUCGGUUCAACCCUGGCCAGCCUGAGCCCCUGCUCCAUCCCUCAGAGGCUGUACCGGCAGGCCCAGUCCCUGCUGCGCUCUCUGCUCCCCUGGUCCAACAUCGCCUCCAAGACCGGCAUACAGUACAGCAGAACAAUGUGACACAACAUGGUGUGCAACUGUUUCUCACCAGUCUUCCCCCGUACACACCAAGAUGUACAGGCACACUCACAUUCUCCAUCUCGUACGGUGUUCCACACCCUGUGUUUUACACAGGACUCAGGUUCAACCUGCGUUUGAGCAUUCACAUAG